GUUAGGAAUCAAAAAGGCCCAGCCUGCUGAAGGAGGAGAGCCUUUUUCCAGCACCCUCAGCCAGCACAGAGCAGUCUGAGGGAAGGAAUCGGAGCUGCUGGCUGCCUAAAGCUCUAAGAGCCCUCGAAGACACCAGGGUUCCUUCUGCUCACCAGAGAUCCGGAAGCUCCAACUCUUCAGGCUGCUGAAGGGUUGUCCUAGUUCUGGCUGAGACUUGCCUUGGACACCACCGUGAUUGAUCCUGUCCUGCUCUUCGGGUUUAUCUGCCUUGUGUGGAUUGUGCACGUAAGUCCAGUGGAGAGCGGUAUUAUGGCUGGAAGAGAAGUCAGAAGUCAGAGUGGGAGGACCCAUGCCUUCACCCCUGAACAUUUUGAUGGACACAAUCUAGAUGUCUACCGCUGGCUGCAUCAAUUUAAUGUUAUCAGUGACCUGAAUAACUGGGAUGAUUCUACUCAGAUGAAGUUCCUGACUCAGUCCCUCAAAGGAGAUGCCCUAGAUGUCUACACAGGACUUAGCCCAGAGGCCAAAGGUAACUGCCAGUCUGUGAAAGAUGCCCUAUUUGAAGCCUUCCGUUCUGAGAGUGAUUUUGAGCAUAAGCAAUCUCAUGGUCCCAGGGAGAUUGUAUUUGCCAAUAGUAUGGGCAAGGGAUAUUACCUCAAAGGCAAAAUUGAGGGUAUUCCUGUGAGGUUCCUAGUGGACUCUGGAGCCCAGGUAUCAGUGGUCAGUCCAGACUUGUGGGAGCAGGCUACUGAUGGAGAUGUAGACACCCUUCGACCCUUUGAAAAUGUGGUAAAAGUGGCCAAUGGGGCUGAGAUGAAGAUCUUGGGCAUCUGGGACACUAAAGUGACCCUGGGGAAGUUUGAGAUGGAGGCUGAAUUCUUGGUGGCCAAUGCAAGCACAGAAGAAGCCAUCAUUGGAACAGAUGUACUCCAAGACCAUGGCGCCAUCUUGGAUUUCAAGCACCGCACAUGUACCCUGAGAGGAAAGAAGUUCCGUCUUCUACCUGUUGGAGGUUCUAUAGAAGAUGAGUUUGACUUGGAACUCAUUGAAGAAGAGACCUCUGACCACUAAAGAGUUGCUCUUUACUUAAGCCUGGAAAUAUAGUCUUUGAGAUCUGAAAGGGAGGUGAGGGAUGGGUGGGGAAAUUGCAAUUGAUCAACCUUCUGAAACCAAUCCUCUUCUUUUCUUUCCUUCUUGGGGAGCUCAAAUACGUUCCUAUAGUUGUGGGGUGGAAGAGAAGGAGGAAAGUUUUCUGAUAAAUAAUGCAUUGGUGAGGGAGAGUAGACCUGAAUUCAUCACAGAAGUGGUCCCUGCUUGGAUGCCUUCCUUCUCUCAUCAUCUUGCUCUCUGUUGCAAAGACUUAAACAUCUAACUGGCUAGAUCUAAUAGGGAGCUAGAAGUCCACUCUUUGAAGAAGGAACUGUAGUCCCCAAUUCUAUCUACUGGAGAUAGUUAUACUAAGCCUUCAGGGGUCCACACUGAGAGACUUGCUAAAAUAUCAACUGACUGUGGAUAUUUCAGAAAAUUCCCAGUGGUGUGAUUCCCUAAGGGGUCCCCAAAGCUAUCUCUAGAUUAUCUUCUUUCUUACUCUUCCUGUCUGCUCUGCAUGACCUAUUUCUUUCUAUAACCUGCACGAAAGCUUUGGAACAUUACACCAAUGAUUAAGAUAUUUCAAAAACCAAUAAAUACCAAUUUGACCCAA